CAAUUACGGCUCUAUUAUGCUUCCCUACGUAGGAAGCAGGAGGUGGGAAGCCUAUGAUUGCUUAGUGCGUUAUCAUAAUCCCAGUCUGCCGAAGAUUCUCAGAUUUAGCGAAGGUAAUCUACCCCAAACGACUGAUCUUUGCUGCAGAUUGGAAAACAGAGUCAUGAGAUGUCAAAAGUGACCCUAGAUGUGCCUGUUAUUCAGGCAUUUUAAUCUGCAUAAUUCAUCCUCCAUACCUGAUACUUCUGUUAGUAAACUUACGGGAAAGCAAGGCCAUUAUACACAGUCUAAUAACAACUUGAUUCUAAAAUGGGUUGUGCCCCAUCCUCCCAAAGUUUUCAAGUCCACGAAAAUGAAACCCGUCUUUUGCAAGAAAUAGACCGUCUGCGAAGUAUAGAGCAGUCACGCCAGGCAGAAAUCAGCAAGCUGCAAGUAGAAAAUGAAAAACUGCGACAAGGCCAAGUGAAUGGUGGGUAUGCAAUGAUAAAGCGAUCAGACUCUCCUGAAGACGACGGCCAUGAAAUGUUAGUGAAGGAGAUUGAGAGAUUGAUAUUGGAGCAGAGUGAAAAAGAAAAUGAACUCAGUGAACUGAGGAGGACAAAUGAGCAGCUGAACUUAACUUUGCAACAAAGCCCACCUCAAGUUCAGCAGUUUGUUAAUAAGAACAGAAAUCUUCCAAAAGUUGGAGAUCCACCAGCAAUAACUGAUAAACACGUCAGCGGAAUCUCGGAUUCCAGCGUCCGAGGUAUCUCCAGCACUUGGGAGGCCAUUUUGCCUCUACUUGGUCACGCAGAGGAAGCGAGAAGCUACCGAGCGCCUGUCAUAGGCGAUCACGUGAUCUCUCAUCACCAACAAUGGGCUUACUACGCGGCGACCAUUGUGAGCUUCGACCGCGAGACUUUGAAAUACACAGUGGACUGGGACGAUGGAGAUCCUACAGGGAAAGUCCAGUCAUAUAAGGACCUGGCCAUUGACAAGAUCCCAAGUGAAGACCAAGUGGGUGUGGACUCCAUUGUGUUUUUCCCCCAGGGAGGUUACGGAGCUACCGAGGGGAAUAACACCGGGGGAGUCAGAUACCAUGAAGGAGUCGUCACACGUGUCUACAAGGAUUCCUCUGGAGCCUGCCUAUAUGAUGGGCAUCACACCAAAGGAGCAGAGGACGGAAAAUGGGUCACUUACAAAGAUUACAAUUACAACUUCAAUGGCAUACCUCUGCAAAUGCUUAGAAUCGCUCCCAACGCCAUGGAUGCACUCAUGGCUUGCAAGGAGGCCUUUAGUUGAAAUUUCUUCAACAUCUCGUGUUUCU